AUGGUAAUGCUUGCACUAUGUUACCUACGUACAAAUCAAAAUAAUACAGUGCCAGAUAUCAUUGGCACUGCACCUCUCCAUUAUAAUACAAUAGAUUUUCUUACAAAUUCUGUUGGUUCUCAACAACUGCUUGCAAUGCUCCUAGUAUUUAUUCCAAAUUAUCAAUUGCAUAUUCCUGCCAUUGAACUUUUUAAUGGUUCUCUUAGCUGGAACAAAACAAUUAAUGGAUUUUACUUGGAUUUAUGGGAAUUACAAAUCUAG